AUGCCGGCACUCACCACAACCGCCAGCUCGCUGGCCCGGUCCGUUGCGCGCUCGCAAUUGCCUGCUGUGCGCGCCGCCGCCGCAACCGCCGUGCAAGCCCGCCCUGCCUCGUCGGCCUCCUUCGAGAACCCCUUCAAGGGCGCCCAGAAGACCACCAGCAUCCCCACCACCGCCUGGAAGAAGUACCGCUCAAGCAGUGGCGAGACCGGCAACAAGGUCUUCCAGUACUUCAUGGUUGGCUCUAUGGGUGCGCUGUCCGCCAUGGGCGCGAAGAACACCGUGCAAGACUUCCUUGUCAACAUGUCGGCCUCCGCCGAUGUCCUGGCUCAGGCUAAGGUUGAGAUCGACCUCGAGGCCAUCCCCGAGGGCAAGAACGUCAUCAUCAAGUGGAGAGGCAAGCCCGUCUUCAUCCGCCACCGUACCAGCGACGAGAUUUCCGAGGCCGAGAGCACCAAGUGGGAGUCUCUUCGGGACCCCCAGCCCGACAGCGACCGUGUGCAGAAGCCCGAGUGGUUGAUCAUGCUUGGUGUCUGCACCCACCUUGGUUGUGUCCCCAUCGGCGAGGCUGGCGACUUCGGCGGUUGGUUCUGCCCCUGCCACGGUUCCCACUACGAUAUCUCCGGCCGUAUCCGCAAGGGUCCCGCUCCGCUCAACCUUGAGGUUCCCGAGUACAGCUUCCCUGAGGAGGGCAAGGUCGUCAUCGGUUAG